UAAUGUCCGCUGGGUCGGUCCAAUUAGCGCGUAGGUGGAGCGCACAGGAGCAAACCUACCGGAAAAGAAAUCACAGACACCCGCCCUCCGUCUCUGACCUGAAACGCGCAGGGAAAGCCGCGGGACUCUCGCCUCCAGCUUCGUUUCCAGCUGCGCUGAAAGUAAAUCUGAGACGGAGAGUCUUGGCUGAUGGUGCUGCAGGAACUUUUCCACAUGAUUGAAGUGUCGAUCCCGUCGCUGGAGAAGGAAGUGGAUGAGUCCGGCAAGACGAAGAAGCUUUUCAGAGUUGAAGUCUUGUUUAAUGGGAGGAAACAUUAUGUGCUCAGGAGAAGCAGUGAUUUCCAGAACCUCCACAGGAAGCUUAAGAAGAUCAUCCAGACUCCAGAUUUUCCAAGCAAAAGGAACCCCCAUCUGAGAACCAAACCCCUGGAGCAGAGGCAGCAGGAGCUGGAAGAUUACAUCCAGGAUGUUAUUUAUCAAAAUGAAGAUGUGCCACAGGUGCUGCUGGACUUCCUCCAUGUGAAACACUUCCACACAGGGAACAAGAUCAUCGGUGCCGAAUCACUGGAGGAACUGGACAGUCAGGAAUACAAUGACCGGCUACCACAUCAACGAGUUUUGGGAUUCUUCCAGGAUCCUUAUCUCUCUGGCAGCUCAUCAGGCCUCCCAGAUAUUGUUGUGGAUGGAGUCCUACAGGGUUUUUACCCCCGGGAUGUGCGGGUCAGUUUCAGCGCCUCCAUCCUCCCUCAACAUGAUCCCAUGUCUUCAAUUGAGGCCUGAGAGACGGUCCAAAAAGCCGAUACAGGCAUAGAUACAGCUGCAGUUAAAUGUAUUUUUCUAAUAAUGGCUUGCAUCCAAAGAAGAUCCAAAGUCCUGUUUCUCAGAGAAUGUCAACAAUGUGAAAACAGAAAAAAAAAAAUAUUUUUUAACCCACAAAUGUCAUCCUGCUGAAAACUAUCUCCAUGCACUCUACAGUACUUACACUUAAUACUUUGUCUGAGCUCUUUUUGCUUGAAUUACGGAUCAGUGCAGCGGUUCAUGGAAGCGAUCAGCCUGGGGCUCCUCUGAGUUGUUAAAGAAGCUCGGGUUAUUUAAUAGUGGCCUUCAGCUCGUCUUCAGUCUUGGGUUUGGUUUCUGAUCUAGGUCAGGCCAGAGGACUAGCUAAUGAAGCACAGCGACAUCUUAGUCAUUAAAACAGAUGUUGGUCAUUUUGGCAGUGAUGGCCGGUAACAAGUCCUGCUGAAAAAUGAAAUCAGCAUCUCGAUGGUCUUCCAGACUCUGGGAGCUUGAUUUCUAAUCGAAAGGCUUUCUGAUAGAGAUUUAGCGUUACCUUUUUUGAUUAAAUUUGCAACAAACAGAUUUUACUCAAACACUGGAUUAUCGAAUAAGCAAUCUAAGCAACAUGUGAACAAGUAUGCGGUCAAAUAAGAAGGUCUUUACAUUAACAUUAGGGUACCGCUACAGAAGCAACACAUCACCUUUUAAAGGAUGUUC